GCAUUUUCAUGAGAAAUACUCUAGAGUUGGAGUAUUUCAGUUCAAGCACUGAUGAUGAAGCUGAAGGCAAUUCCAAUCCAAGUAGUGAAACUGAAGGUGAAGGAAAUAAGCAUGACAGGGAAAAAAGAACUCAUGGUGCUGAUCAUGGAGGAAAGUCUACUGCAUCAGAGGCUCCAUUGAGAACUUUUGCAAAGACAGAACUUGAAGAUUUAGCAUACUCAAAAGCUUUAAGCUUCAAAUCUAACAAUCCAUUUUUUGUGAUGAAAAUGCAUCUAUCAUACUUAUCAACUCACCUGCCAAUCAGUGUACCCUUUGCCAACAAAUACAUAUGUGCAAGAGGUGUUUCAUCAGAUGUGACCCUGCAGAUCUCAAAUGAUGAGAGAUCUUGGCCAGUCAAGUGCAUUACCACUGUAUACAAUGGGAGUUCAAGAACAAGCUUCCACAAUUUUGGUUGGGGGGCAUUUGUGAAGGACAAUCAUUUGGAAGAAGGUGAUGCCUGUGUGUUUGAGCUCAUAAAUAAGGGCCCUGAUAAAAUUGCAUUCAAAGUUGGCAUCUUCCGAGUUGAAGAUGAAGAAUGAUGCAUAUAUAAGGUAGCUUAUGAGUAAUAUGUUGUUUCUAGCUUAUAUGCAAGACCUCUUUUAUUAUCAUGUUAUGCUUUCUUCUCGGUUAACUUGUGACUUAAUUUUAUGAAUAUUUGAAGAUGAUAUAUAUAUAU